GAAAAUACAGAGGUGGCAGUCAUGGCAUAAGAGAGCACAUCCUCAGGAUGAGCAAUAUGGCUGCAAAGCUCAAACCAAUGGAUGCGGAUCUGGAGAUCAAACCAGCGCUCCUGGUCCACCUUGUCAUGGCUUCAUUGCCGAAGGAGUUUGAAGCUUUUGUAGUGAACUAUAAUAUGUCACAUGGAACAUGGGACGUAGAAAAGACAAUAGCAAUGUGUGUUCAAGAAGAGGAGAGACUAAAAGCCUCACAUGGUGGUACACUCAACUAUGUGCAUGGUCACAAAAGAAAGAAUUACAAUCUAAACAACAAAAGUUCUCCUUCAAAGCCACAAGGAAAAGUUUCCUAUCAGCAUCAGCGUCAGCAACAGCCUUUCUCAGUGGACAAAGACACUUGUCUCCACUGUAAGAAGACCGGGCAUUACAAGAAAGACUGUCCCGUUUGGCUAAAGUCGAUCAUGGCAAAAAGAGGGAUUCCAUUCGACGCGGACUACGCUAAGAAGCGAAAGACGCAUUGAAGUGGCGAACGGAGUUGAAGCAGAAGUUGAAGCUGUCGGUGAUAUCUCCUUGGAGUUAGCUGAUGGAUUCAAUCUUCUACUUAGAGAUGUUUUAUUCGUUCCAUCAUGUAAUAGAAACUUAAUAAGUGUUUCUUGCUUGGACAAAGAUAAUUAUGAGUGUUAUUUUGGACAUGGCAAGUGUGCCAUUUGGUUAAAUAAUGCUUAUGUGGGUGAUGCUUUACUACAUGAUGAGCUUUAUUUGUUAUCACUUCGUGAAAAAGUCUAUUCCGUUUGCAAUGUGAAAGAACAUGUUUCUGCGUCGAAUAAAGUACAAAAGAA